AAGCUUUGGCUCGGAGGGCGCAGAGAUGGCCAUGACGUGCGAAUGUGGCUGCUUUUCAUUCAGAUGGCUUCAUGCCAAUCAGUGCUCGUUAGCUUCACAUCACGAGGCCCAUCUUCCCAGAUCUCGCGCCCAAAUUGACCAGAACGAUCUUGUGUCCUUCUUGGCAUCCCCAGAAGGAGAGUUGAUUGGAUCUGCUUGUGAUCCAAUCACCCUAGCACUCUUGGCAAGUUGCUGCACAUCACUCCAUCAAGUUAUUUGCAAGCCGGAUUUGGUCAAACGACGGGCCGAAGACUGGUCCCUGAAUGGUCACUGCUGCCUUUUGGAGCAUCUUGCAUUCAAUUUGGCGAUGAGCGAGCUAUGUGACAAACCUGAUUCGAACCAUGUACGCUUUGGGUAUGGAGGCGGGAAGACUCCAUUGGCAUCUGCAGUCCCAUUCAUUCACACUGCUGCUGCAAUUGCGAAGCGCUUUCCACGUGCCAAAGUUCAUGUGGAUGCCCAUGCAGGAGUUUAUGCCCCCAGCCAUCGCAUUGCCGAUAAAUGCUCUCAAGCUCGCGCCCAGAGCGUUCGCCAACAUCUCCUGGCUCAGGGUGUUGGGGCAGGCCAAAUCACUUCCACAGCCUGGGGGAAGAAUGUCUCAGCGCACUGGGGAGAACAGGAUGACCGCGUGGCAAGAGCUGAGGUGUACCUUUGCCUGGAUGAGAUUCAUGUUCCAGAGAAACCUGAGUACUAUCGCAACUCGCCGUCAUGCUGCCAGGAAGAACCACCAGCUUUUCACAUCUACAAUCGAGAUGGCCACUUCUGGUUGCUGCCAGAGGAGGAGCUGGAAUUCAUUAGGGAGAGGUGGCAGUAGAUUUUUGCUUCAAGCACCUUAUCUCCUUGUAUUUUGCACGCGACCACUGCACACAGGUCCUGUAGGCCGUGUGCCGUGUACAUAGUCAAUCCCUUCAGAGCCUGUGUGUUAGCCAUGGGAGGGAUAGACAGACAUGCAGAUCACAAGAUGAAAGGAGGGUCGUGCACACUCGAGGG